AUCGCCGCCGGCAUGGCUGGCGUGAGCUUCAGCGCGAACCGCCUGGAGCUGCUGGCCUCGUAUCAGGAGGUGAUCGGGGAGGACAGCCCCACCGACUGGGCUUUGUACACCUACGAAGAUGACUCUGAUAACCUGAAAUUGGCUGCCUCAGGAACUGGUGGCCUACAAGAGCUCUCUAGCCAUUUUGUGAAUCAGAAGGUGAUGUACGGAUUCUGCAGUGUCAAGGACCCGCAGGCCACACUACCUAAAUAUGUCCUCGUUAAUUGGGUGGGAGAGGAUGUGGCUGAUGCCCGCAAGUGUGCCUGCGCCAGCCACGUGGCCAAGGUGGCAGAGUUCUUCCAGGGUGUGGAUGUAAUUGUCAACGCCAGCAGUGUGGAAGACAUUGACCCAGGAGCCAUCGGGCAGCGGCUCUCCAACGGCCUGGCUCGCAUCGCCAGUCCAGUGCUGCACCGCCUUCGCCUGCGGGAGGAUGAGAACGCCCAGCCGGUGGGCACCACCUAUCAGAAAACUGAUGCAGCUGUGGAGAUGAAACGACUCAACCGAGAGCAGUUCUGGGAGCAGGCCAAGAAAGAGGAGGAGCUGCGCAAAGAGGAAGAGCGGAAGAAAGCCCUGGAUGAGCGGCUGCGUUUCGAGCAAGAACGCAUGGAGCAAGAGAGGCAGGAGCAGGAGGAGCGAGAGAAGCGCUACCGAGAGCGCGAGGAGCAGAUCGAGGAACACAGGCGAAAGCAGCAGAGCCUGGAAGCAGAGGAAGCCAAGCAGCGGUUGAAGGAGCAAUCCAUCUUUGGGGAGCAGGAGGACGACGAAGACAGGCAGCAGCCCAAAAAGUCUGAGUCGGAGGUGGAGGAGGCGGCUGCCAUCAUUGCUCAGCGUCCCGAGAAUCCCCGCGAGUUCUUCCGGCAGCAAGAGCGAGUGGCUUCAGCCAGUUCAGAGACGCCCCCGCCCUUCAACAGAACAGCAGGUCGUCUGCACUGUCCUUUCAUAAAGACACCUGACAGUGGGCCGCCUUCCUCCUCCUCUUCCUCCUCCUCCCCUCCACGGACUCCCUUCCCCUAUAUCACUUGCCACCGCACACCAAAUCUCUCCUCCUUCUUCCCAUGCAGCCAGACGGAAACACACAGAAAGGUGUCGGCCUCUGCCAGUAGCCCCUGCGACUCCAGUACAGCCUCAACGCCUGUCGGGGAGCAGAUUGAGCGUGCCCUGGAUGAGGUGACGCAGCAGGGUGCAUUAAAAGACUCCUCCAGCCCAAGCAGUGAGGAGACGGCCGUGGCUUCUGCUAUGAGCUGGGCUCCCCCCAGCGUGGAGCAGCCCGUGGAGAAGACGGAAGAGCCCCCCGGGGUGUCAGCCUGGCAGGGAGCUGGCUGGACCGAGCCACAGCCAAGCGGGGCUGGCCCCACUGAAGACCUGGUGUUCCCAGAGUCCAAGGAGGAGGAGCCUCUCUUCCCAGAAGCCCCGCCUCCCAAAGAAGAGCCUCUCUUCCCAGCAGCCCCACUGCUCGUGCAGAGUGAAGGUGCAAUGGAUCUGGGGGAGGCUUUCGGCUUUUCCCAGCCACCCGCUCCCCCAUCAGAGAACAUCCUCGACUUGUGGCAGAACGACAGCGCGGCCGUGGAGCCCACCCCUCCUGAGGCCUGGGAGCUCCAGCAAGGGGGUGGCCCCCCCACUCCCGCCCCGUGGGACCUUCAUGAUGGCCCCCCUGCGCCUGCCCCCCUGCUGGUUGAGGUCGAUGUCCCUCCAGGGGCACCGGAGCCCCCAUCCUCUGCGGGCCUCCCCGAAGACAACCUGCUGAACUUCAACGACCUGCCUGAGCCCCCGGCCACCUUCUGCGACGCUGAGCAGGACGAAGAGCCGGCCAGCAUCAUUGCGAUCGAGGGGCUGCACCAGAUGACGCUCAGCUACCAGCAUGCCCUGCAGGAGGCCUCGGGGGUGCACCAGGAGCCCCAGCUGCUCACCAAUGGAGAAACAGCCCCAAAGGAAAGUACGCAGACCAGUGAGGGUUAUUUCAGCCAGUCACAAGAUGAAGACUUCAACCAAUCAGAAGAACCAUCUGCUAAAGCUCCUCCUCCAGUGUUCUACAAUAAGCCCCCAGAGAUCGAUAUCACCUGUUGGGAUGCUGACCCAGUGCCAGAAGAGGAGGAGAGUUUUGGGGGCAGCGUUUAAGGCCCGCUCCCUAGUCCAACUCCGGUAUCCUGCACCCAGCAAGCCCAGCGUGUGCAAGCCUGGAGCAACCGCAGCAAGGGCCUGGUGCCUGCCUGCUCCGUAUUGUAGCCCUGCGGUCCAAGGCCUCCAAUCGUGCCCCAGCCAGAUAGGAUAUACUCCAUGGUACUCCGGGGUAACUUUUUCCAAGCGCUCUCUCUCUCUUUUCCUUCUCUCUCUCUCUCUCUUUUUCUAAUGUUGUCAAAUAGGAAACGUGUAAAUCUGCCUGGUCCCCUCUUUGUUGGUAGCUUCCCUGCAGACCCCUUCCCUAUUGCCUCUUCCCAUUGGGUUUUUUCUGAUUCCAUCCCCCCCCCCCAUCUCCCCAAUGCCUUUUAUGCCAUCUGGGUUGAUCUCUUGCGUGUGCUGCUCUUGGGGGGGUGGAUGGGGAGGGGGCCCUUUCCUCCUCCUCUCAGUCUCUGCCUGGAGCUUUGAGUAUUUUGCACGAAUUUAAAAUAAAAUAUGGCAAUAAAACGGCCCCGUGUGGGCAAGGCUCUGGUUCCCCACCCCCCACCUUCUCCACUCAGUCCCUGACAUGCCCUAUUCCCCAGGGAAGCGACAAGAGCCCCGUCCAGCUCUAGUCUCCAGCAGGAGUUAGCACCGAGGAACUUUCUUCCCACCACAGUUCAGCUCCAUGGCCCUGUGUUCGAGAGCAAGCCCAUUCGAGACCCUCCUCUUUAGGCCUUACUUGCCCUGAGAGCCUGGGACGAGGGGAGACUCUGGCUGGGCUCCCCCCUCUCUUUCCCCAUCCUUCUUUCCUCUUCCAUUCCAUGCUUGGUUUCCUUUCUCUCACGUACAGUAAUUGUUUUUUUUGGAAAGCACAAAUUCUGUAACAGCAAUGUGCUUAUGUAUGUUAAUAAAUAAAUUGAUUCCAAGCAGGGCAGCUGGCUUUGCA